AAAAUCUUUCAAUUCUUAAGUUGCCGGUGACUAACAUACCAUCUACUGUUCAACCCGAAUUAUUUAUUUCUCUACUCGUUUAAUAUUGUACUAUACAGUAUUCCAAGGUUGACGGAGCUUAUGUUUAUCACUGACAGACAGCUGUACACGCUCUUAAUUUCCAUCCCGUGAAAGAAAGACAUUUCCAAGUACAGUAUCACCAAUCUAUCAUCCUAACAGUAGUGUCCCUGGCUGGAGGAGGAUCCCCACACCCCUUAUCUUCUUACAUUUCUUCCUGGUUUCUCACUAGCCUGUAUUAACUAUAUGAGAGGACUGGGUGCUUACAGACUCUUACAAUAAGGCUAGGGGGCGUGUAGAUCGUCCGCCAAUCAGCUUCGAGGCCAACAGGAACUCUACCAAUGAGAGGCGAGGGAGGAUAAUGGGUGCGUUCUGAGGAGCAAACUUACUAAAAAUCGGUGUUUUUUCCAACACAUAAGCUUAUCAAGAGUGGUCUCAACUGAUUGUCGGCUUUGUUCCUCCAUCCUGGUAGUGCACUAGAUCACUCGCUCAUGUUACCGUACAGGUUUGGCAAUAGCCGUUUUAUUCCCCACAACAGAUACAAAACUCAUCUAGAGGUGACGAUGAUGACGACGAUGAUGAAAGUGAUGGUGACGAUGGUAAUGGUGACGAGGAUGGUGAUGAGUAGAAACGUGCUCAUGAUGGUGUCAGAUGAUGCUGGUCUGGAGAUGAAGGCGUACGGAAACACUGUGUGUAAGACGCCGCAUUUGGACGAACUGGCCAAACGCAGCACAGUGUUCACCCGAGCCUUCACGUCCGUCAGUAGCUGCUCGCCCUCCCGCUCCGCCAUCUUGACGGGCCUCCCCACACACCAGAAUGGCAUGUACGGCCUCCACCAAGGCUACCACCACUUUAACUCAUUUGAUGACGUCCGUAGUCUGCCGGGGAUCGUGGCAGCUGCUGGGGUCCGUACGGGCCUCGUGGGUAAGAAGCACGUCGGACCGGACUCUGUUUAUCCUUUCGACUUCGCUCACACGGAGGAGACAGAGUCCAUCAUGCAAGUGGGGCGGAACAUAACCCGCAUUCGGCAGCUGGUGCGGCAGUUUCUCGACACCAACAACACGCGGCCCUUCUUCCUGUACGUGGGCUUCCAUGACCCUCACCGCUGCGGCCACACCCACCCCGAGUACGGCCAGUUCUGUGAGAAAUUUGGCAACGGGGAGCCCGGCAUGGGCACCAUACCUGAUUGGCACCCGGUAACGUACGACCCCGCCCAGGUGGUGGUGCCGUACUUCGUGCAGGACACGCCUGCGGCACGAGAAGACCUGGCGGCGCAGUACACGACACUGUCGCGGCUGGACCAGGGCGUGGGGCUCAUGAUGGCCGAGCUGGCGAGCGCCGGACACCUCAACGACACCUUAGUGGUGUACACCUCAGACAACGGCAUCCCCUUCCCCGCCGGCAGGACCAACCUGUACGACCCCGGCCUGGUGGAGCCCCUGCUGGUGUCGUCACCGCAACACUCGGCGUCGUGGGGCAACACCUCCACCAUCCUUGCCUCCCACCUCGACCUCACACCCACCGUCCUCGAAUGGCUGCAAGUCUCUUACCCCAAUUACACCAUUAUCAACAAGCGCCAACCUGCGGUGCUCACAGGCAAAUCACUGCUACCUUACCUCGACCACGGGCAGCCGGACGCAGGCGAUCCGAAGCCAAGCUUGGACGUGUCCAAGCAAGAACUAGGCGUGUGGCUGCAGGACGUGGGUAUAAUCAGGUCGGAGCCUGCAGUGUAUGCCAGCCACGACCUGCACGAGGUGACGAUGUACUACCCCAUGAGGGCCAUCCGUACCCCGUCCUACAAGCUCAUCCACAACCUCAACUACAAGAUGCCCUUCCCCAUCGACCAGGACUUCUACCUCUCGCCAGUGUUCCAGGACAUCCUCAACCGUACGAGGGCGUCACUACCGCUCCCCUGGUACAAGACCCUCCGCAACUACUACUACCGCGACGAGUGGGAACUGUACGACCUCCACUUCGACCCCGACGAGAAGUUCAACGUGGCUCACAAGGGGCGUUACCAGGACGUGUUGGGGGAGCUGCGCGCGCGGCUGUGGGCGUGGCAGAACCAGACCUACGACCCCUGGCUGUGUGGCCCCGGCGCCGUUCUGCAGGACUCUGGGUCGUACGCCACCCACCACGCCUGCCUCCCCCUCUACAACGGCCUGUGACCACCCUCUUGCCCUCGUCCACUGUACGACCCCAUCAGGAGUCUUCACGAGUCCUUCACGACGCCUCUAUCACCCCCCCCCACCUGUACGACCACCCAUGACCUCUACAUAACCCCCCUAUAACCACCCAUGACCGAUACAUAACCCCUCUAUAACCACCCAUGACCUCUACAUAAUCUCUAUAUAACCACCCAUGACCUCUACAUAAUCUCUAUAUAACCACCCAUGACCUCUACAUAAACCCUGUAUAACUACCCGUGACCGAUACAUAAUCCCUCUAUAACCACCCAUGACCUCUAUAUAAUCUCUAUAUAACCACCCAUGACCUCUACAUAAUCUCUAUAUAACCACCCAUGACCUCUACAUAAACCCUGUAUAACUACCCAUGACCGAUACAUAACCCCUCUAUAACCACCCAUGACCUCUAUAUAACCCCUACAUAACCAUCCAUGACCCCUAUAUAACCACCCAUGACCUCUACAUAACCCCUCUAUAACCACCCAUGACCUCUACCUAACCCCUACAUAACCACCCAUGACCUCUACCUAACCCCUAUAUAACCACCCAUGACCGAUACAAAACUCCUCUAUAACCACCCAUGGCCUCUACCUAACCCCUACAUAACCACCCAUGACCUCUACAUAACCCCUAUAUAACCACCCAUGACCUCUACAUAACCCCUAUAUAACCACCCAUGACCUCUACAUAACCCCUUUAUAACCACCCAUGACCUCUAUGUAACCCCUCUAUAACCACCCAUGACCUCUAUGUAACCCCUAUAUAACCACCCAUGAUGAUGAUGAGGUAAUUGUUUGUUAUUAAAGAAUAGUUGACCA